GUUAUGCUUACCUUUGGAACAACAUAGUCAACUAAUUUAAAAUGUAUUAGCAGUUUUAUUUCGUUCUACAAUUUAUGGUGUUCCAAAUAACAUAAGUUUUAUUCAAAUCAGUGUGUGGAAUAGAUCUUAAUUUUGAGAUAAUCCUGCAAGUUACAUUUAACGAGUCAGUUUCUUCUAUACUCGAAAGAAAGGUGAGAGGGUGGUUAAGUGGAGUUAUAGACGACAUGCGACGCAGCAGCCCAGUUCAGCAGUGGUUAGAUUCGCUACCCAGUGACGCCGAACAUGCAGAUGGAUCUGAUGAAGCUCCUGAAAUUACUGAACCCAAGUCGGAUGACACCAAGACAGAUCAAACUGUCAUAGAUAACACUGUUAUAGAUACUGCUGACACAACCAUAGUAGAGCCUCUGGAGAUUGUUAAUGAAGAGAAGAACUUAGAAGUUCCUAAUGCUAAAGAAGUAUGGAAAAGGAAAUCUUUAGAAAGUGGAAUGUUAAUAAGCACACCUCAGAGUAGCCUUAAGAAAAAGUUACAGAGAGAUCAUUCAGUUCAGUCUGAGGGCUAUGUGCCAAAAUUCAAGAACCCGCUGCUCAGAGACCAUUCUCUUCAGUCAGAUGCCAGUGGAUCCAGUGGAAGCUCAGUGUUAAAUGUUUUGGGGGCAAGAAAGGUAGAUGCAGAGUCUGUGCUCCUAGCUUUGGGUUUUGGACCUAGUGAGAAGCAACAGAAGUUACAAAGAAUACCUGAUAGAUUUCUAGUACCAUCAAAGUUAAGAGGAAUAAGUACUGAACAAUUUAUAAAGGAUGAGCAACACUCCAUGCGUAUGCAUGACUGUGGUGUGUUUGGAUACAGAGGCCUUACAGGGAAUCCUCAUGUUCCACCGUCGACAAUUGUAGCUAAAAUAAUGGACUGCAUCCUUCAGGACGAUGUCUGUCGGGAGGAGGCCCUGAUGAAGACACGGCACUCCAUCGCGGACAUGCGAACACCUUCAAUACAUGCGCGACUCGCUUCUCAGCUUCACAACAAUUAGCACGUGAUUUGUCCAAGUAAAAUAUUUUUUUCGACAUUGAAAGUGUUAUAUAACGCUGGUGUCAGCGUUUAAAUCAUGAUCACAAGCAGCACUUUAAAAUCAAAUGUUAUUUUAUUUACUCAAAAGUCUGCGUCAGUAAUAAGCGUGACAUGCGCAUUAGCGAAGAAAUGAACAUGUUGCUCUGAAAUCUCUGUUGGACUUAUAGUAGUCGACAUAAGACUUAAAGUAAGACUGGAGGGUUAUAAAACAAGAUUUAUUUUCGCAUGUGCGAUGCGAUAAUUUUAAGGUGUUCUGUUCAAAUAAAAUUUCGGUAAAGUUAUUGUCUUUUCUAUAGUGGAUCAAGAAGCCGAUUUAUGAGUGUAACACAAUCGAUUUAGUUACAAACCCGGUACAUUAUACCAUUGAAUAUAGUGCAUAAAAACCAAAUUAUAGAGAGUUAAAUAACUCAUCUCACGAAAUCUCACCCCAGUGAGUAAUGAUCUGAGAUGUGAUUUUUUCAUAUAACAAACAUUUCACUCGCAUUUAUUUUUAAAUAUUCUUCCUUACAUUAUUAUAAUUUUUCUUUAAUGGUGGCCACAAGGCUUGGGCAAGUGUCAGUUUCGUUACUUACGUUAUAAAUAAGUUAAUUAUGGCGUUUAAAAUGAUACCAUUUGUGCAAUAUGUACCUAUUUAAAAAAAGUAUGUGAUAAACUUUAUUAAAUGAAAUAGUUGAAAUAACUUUAAAAGGUAAUUUUAAAGAGUUUGAUUUUAUUUUCUCUCAAUUAAUUGUGACAAAAUGUUUGUGUAAGUUUAAAUUUUAGUAGCAAUCGAAAUCUAUCAUAGAUAAACAGUAUAACACAAUUUAUUACGCAGUCGUAGUUUGAAUUUAGAUACUUACAUUCUACGUUGACGUUUACGUGAUAAUUUAUAUAGACCAGUUCUAGACCAUAGUUACCUAAAAUAUUUAAAUACCACAGAUUAUCAUUAACUCUCCAGUAAACCUCAAUGAAAGUUUCUCUCUGAGCAUAACUAAAUACAGCGAAACAUCAAUCAGUCUGAAACAUAUACAAAGUACUUACGCAUAAUGAUUACCAAACUAUUGUUAUAAUAUUAAAGACUUUGUAUUUUACUAUCCAGUAUAAUAAAUUAUCAAAACACUUACACUGACUUGCCUCGACUCUUAGUAUGUUGGUAAUUUAACGUACACGCCAGCGCAUCAAGCUACACAUUGGCGUAUCUUGUGUUCCGUUGCACUGGAGGCGAUUUUCGAACAAAAAUGUGUAGUCUGACGUGCUGUUGACUGACAAAAAAUUGUUAAAGUUUUGUGUGUAGUUGAUAUAAUAAAUUGUUAUUGCAUCUAUUAUUUUGAACGAUAUUUUCUAUUUGCGUAUCGUCGGCUAAAUUUGAAACUUUGAAACUCCGUUUUUGGAUGAAAUCCCUUUUUUACUCUUAAAGAGCAAUAUCGGGCAAUUUAAACUUAAAAUAAAAUUUUUAGAUCUUCCUUCAGAUGUAAAAUAGAGGUAUAAUCAUAGAUUGUCAUAUAAUUAUUUCUAGUAAUUCUGUUAUUGUGCCUACUCAAAAUUUCGCAUUAAUGGAGAUUAUCAGGUUUACGUAUUUGGCCGACGGUAUAUUUUAGUUAGGGCGUUGUCUACGUAGAGGCGGGGCCUGUGCGUUGACCGAUAAAGUAGUGCGUAUCACGCAGCGGACGCCUUUAGAGUUUAUUUUGUAGUUAUUGUUGUGAAUAUUUAUUCAUGUUUUCUUAAAGUAUUUCAAGAUUUUUGUGUGGUUAGAUGUUCUAGAUUGUGUGCGACUGUUACAAAUGUUAAACAUAUUUUUUGGAAAAAAUAUUCUAGAGUCCCUUCUUACAGGUGAAGUGGUUUAGAUCUAAUAUAUAAAUACUUUUAGAUAAAUGUAUUAAAUGUAUUUUCUAUAAUAAUUUCUUCAAAUGGGGACUUCUCGUACUGACUAAUUCUUUAUCAUAUCAAUUUAUUCGACAUUAUAUAAAAACAUGCCUUUACGUAAGUCUUAAUUCAAUUUAGUAGGUACUACAGGUGGAAUGUGGAUCGAAACAAGGAAAGGUCUUAAAUAUUAUUUAUCAUGUGCCUUAUUCGGGUACCUUAAUAUCAAUAUUUACUAUAUACCAAUUCGUGCUUAGCCUACGAACUUACAAAACGUACGCAAAUAACGAUGUACUUUUUUUGAGGUGUACUGCUCUAAAGAAUCGAAAUAUAUGCAAGGCAUUUGACCACAAAUAAUAUUUCGCAAUUUUGAAGUAGAAAACUUCAGGUGAAAUAUGUCUUAUUUGCGCUCUUAACUUUGCCUAUGUACCUAUAUGCUAAAAAAUCGAAUUGCAAAUGUUAAUGCAGUAAACUUUGCAACAACUUUGCUACAAAAACUGACGUGUCUGUGAUUAUACCAAUGUGACCUGUAAAGUAACCUGUGUAAUAUUGCUCAUUUACCUGUAAUACAGAGGUUUGUUGCUCAUAAUAUUACUAAAGACAACCGCAUAUACAAUAUUUUAAGCAUCUGCGAUUAUGUAUUUUUCGCUUUUUCCGCACUCGAUUGAAAUUAUCAAAUGCGGUCGCGAAUAUGCGCUAUGUUAAUGUAGCAACCGAUCGCUAUGGCGCCAAAAUCGAUAUAUAAAAUUAUCGAUAAUGCUGCAAGUAUUGUGUGUGCGGCGAGCCUAAUGAUCUUUGUUUGAUAAAAAAUAAUUGUUAACAUCUUAACUAGUGGCGAAGAUGUAAAACUACGCGUGGGAACAAAACUGUGU